AUGUGUCUAUCGCAUCUUGGCCAAAUUGCCUAUGGGACUGUGGCUACGGUCGCUGUGAUCGCCUUCUCGGUGGCGUUGGGCACGGAUGUGUGGGUGAAGACGGCCGGCAAUGAGGAGCUCGGAUUCAUGCAACCAUGCGUAACAGGGUCAAGCGAAUGCAAAAUUUGGCAGGAGGUAAGGCGUUGAUCCGUGAUUUUUCGAACAAAGGGAGUAUUAUUAGGAUAGUUUCGGGUUUUGGCCAAGUUUCUGCCAAUUUUGCCUCUCCGUUAAAAAUAAAACUGGAAUUUGUGAAACCAGACUUUUUGGUAGUUUUUAGGGCCGAGAGUGUCGCAAUGGGCUAGAUGAUCUGUCCAGAGAAAAGACCCAUGAUUUACAAAACAUAAGCCCAAUUUCUCAUCGUGAAUGUUCAAGAACGUGGAAUUUACAUAAUAUUCCACUUUCUUAAUAAUAAUAUUAUAUUAUAAUAUAAAAAAUUGAUGAUCAAACUUUCUUUCAGUACCUUGCCGACCACCAGGUCCCAGUCUUCAUUUUGCUUGGCCUCAGUAUCGCGUUGGUGGCCUCUGGGGCCAUCUACAACUUCACGACCUUCUUCUGCAUCUGUUGCCGCUCCUUUUUCCUCUUACCGCUGUUGGGGCUGGCCUUGGCCAGUGUUCUGACUUCAGGCCCGCUAUUAUACUUGGUCUACCGAGGCUAUGAAACGCUCGGCAAGUGUUGUUUUGAUCGAUAUUAUUAUUGCCUUUAGGAGCCAACCAAACCCUCGCCAAACACGACCCCGGCUACAGUUUCUACAUCGCCGGUGCGGGAGGAUUGGCGUGUGUAAUUAACAUUAUUGUCGGUGCAAUUACCCUUCGUUGGACCUGA